GCAGUAUUUCAAUCAGUACAGGCCAUAGACUGGCAGCUUGUCUCGAGGCCCGAUUACACGUGCAACAGCUGCCUGGCUGCACGUCAUACCCACGCUUUUGCCACGUGACCGCAUGACGCUUUUAAUACAUCUGUACUAUCUUGGCAUCCCUUCAACGGGCUGUGUAUCAAACAUCUCCUUCAGCAUCCACCCGAAGCAUAGGCCAUCGCUUGGUUCUCAUCAUGCCACCUACAGAGUCCUCUCCUCUGCUCACCUCUGAAAGACAGUCGUCUGCAAGGCGAAUCCAUUUCUUCUCAUCCUCAAAGCAUCUCGUCUUCGGGUCAUGGCUCAAUCUUUUGAUUGUCGCCGUGCCUUUGUGCAUCGUUGCGGACGUUCUGAAAUGGCCUGCAGCCGCCAGGUUCUCAACAAGCUUUCUGGCAAUCGUGCCCUUGGCCAAGCUGCUUGGAGACGCAACUGAGCAAUUGUCCAUGGAGUGUGGGCAAACGUUGGGGGGCUUGUUGAAUGCCACCUUUGGAAACGCUGUCGAGUUGAUUGUUGCCAUUGCUGCCUUGCUUCAGAAUGAACUGCGUCUGGUCCAAACUUCCUUGCUGGGAAGCGUCCUUUCCAACCUCCUGCUCGUCCUUGGCAUGAGCUUCUUUGCCUCGGGCUUUUACUACCAUGAAUCAACGUUUCAGAUGACCGCGGCGCAAGCGAGUUCCUCGUUGAUGACUCUUGCGUGUAUCACCUUGAUCCUGCCAGCAGCUUACCACGCUUCCGAGACGGGAAACUUGUCCUUCGUUGAAGAUUCAACCGAAUCCGGCACUUCACACGGGCUUCUCAUCCUGUCUCGAGGGACAGCGAUCAUCCUACUUCUCACUUAUAUCGGAUAUCUCAUCUUCCAGCUGCGCACUCAUUCACAGUUAUUCGAAGCUGAGGAUUCUGGGGAAGAGGAGACCCCAGCGAUGGAUAUGUGGAGUGCUGGCAUUUGGCUCCUAAUCAUCACAGUCAUCACGGCAUUUUGCGCCGAUAUCCUCGUCGGGAGCAUUGACGAGACAGCUCAAGCCUGGCACAUCCCGAAGAGAUUCAUUGGUCUGAUUCUCCUCCCCUUGGUCGGCAAUGCUGCCGAGCACGUCACGUCCGUGUGGAUGGCUACUAAGAACAAGAUGGAGCUGGUUAUUGGUGUGAGCGUGGGCUCCAGCAUUCAGAUCGCUGCAGGCAUGAUUCCUCUCCUUGUCAUCAUUGCAUGGCCCCUCAAUAAGGAGUUAACUUUGUUCUUCGCCAACUUUGAGACGAUCGUACUGUUCGUGUCGGUCAUGCUUGUCAACCUCUUGCUGCAAGAUGGUCGAUCCAACUACAUGGAAGGAAUGAUGCUUCUCUCUCUAUAUGGAGUCAUUGCCCUCAGCUACGUCGUGUCUUAGUCGAUCCCCUCGGCCCGCCCUGCAUUCAUUAUGAUGAUAGCUGCUACCUCUCAAAACACGUAAAAAUAUGAAAUAUGAAUAUGAUUCUGCUA